AUGAUCCUAUGGAACACAUUCCUGACAUACUCCACCUACUCCUCUGCCCACCUUAUCCCCUCUGCCCCCUCUCCCCCUCUCCCCUCCUCAACCUCACCCCCUACACGAAAACAGGCCUCUGCACUCAGGAGUAAGGAACUCAUUGAAGUGGAGAGCGACGUCGUCUUUGAACUGGCCUCUUACAUUUUACAAGAGGCUAAAGGAGACUUCACCAGUAAUGAUGCAACACGAGCAGACCUGAAGAAGCUGCCCGCGCUGCCCACCCAGGCCCUAAAGGAGCACCCCUCUCUGGCAUACUGUGAGGACCGGGUCAUCGAGCAUUAUAAGAAGCUGAGUGGACAGUCCAGGGGGCAGGCCAUAGUAAAUUACAUGAGCAUCGUGGAGUCUCUGCCCACAUAUGGAGUGCAUUACUAUGCCGUAAAGGACAAACAGGGGAUCCCAUGGUGGCUGGGGCUAAGCUACAAGGGCAUCUUCCAGUAUGACUAUCAAGACAAAGUCAAACCCAGGAAGGUGUUCCAAUGGCGACAGCUGGAGAAUCUCUACUUCAGAGAAAAGAAGUUCUCGGUGGAAGUUCAUGACCCAAGGAGCCGUGCGUCGGUGACCCGCAGGACGUUCGGCCACAGUGGCAUCGCGGUGCACACGUGGUACGCCUGCCCUGCCCUCAUCAAGUCCAUCUGGGCCAUGGCCAUCAGCCAGCACCAGUUCUACCUGGACCGCAAGCAGAGCAAGUCUAAAAUCCACGCAGCACGUAGUUUAAGUGAAAUUGCCAUAGACCUCACAGAAACCGGAACCCUGAAGACCUCCAAACUGGCCAACAUGGGCAGCAAAGGCAAGAUCAUCAGCGGCAGCAGUGGCAGCCUGCUCUCCUCAGGCUCCCAGGAGUCGGACAGCUCGCAGACGGCUAAGAAAGACAUGCUGGCUGCGCUGAGGGCCCGACAGGAGGCCCUGGAGGAAACUCUGAAGAAGAGAAUAGAGGAGCUCAAAAACAUCUGCAUCCGGGAGGCGGAGCUGACGGGGAAGCUGCCUAAAGAGUACCCCCUGGAUCCCGGAGAGGAGGCCCCCACCAUCCACCGGAAGAUCGGGACGGCCUACAAACUGGACGAGCAGAAGAUCCUCCCUAAAGUAGAGGAGGAGGAGCUGGAGCGCCUGGAGAGGGAGUUUGCCAUCCAGUCUCAGAUCACAGAGGCGGCACGGCGCUUGGCCAGCGACCCCCACGUCAGCAGUAAGAAGCUGAAGAAGCAGAGGAAGACGUCGUACCUGAACGCUCUCAAGAAGCUGCAGGAGAUCGAGAACUCCAUCAAUGAGCACAGGGUCCGCUCGGGAAAGAAGCCCACGCAGAGGGCCUCGCUCAUCAUCGAGGAAGCCAACAUCGGCUCAGAGGACAGCUCUUUAUCGGACGCUCUCGUCCUGGAUGAUGAUGACCCUCACGUCACCAGUACCCCGAACUUCUCCCCGCUGGCCUCUCCGCACAAGGGCCUGCCUCCGCGGCCGCCCUCCCACAGCCGGCCCCCUCCUCCCCAGUCCCUGGACGGCCUCAGGCACCUGCACUACAACCGGCCCGACUACGACAAGUCCCCCAUCAAGCCCAAGAUGUGGAGCGAGUCGUCCCUGGAUGAGCCCUACGAGAAGAUCAAGAAGCGCUCCUCACACUCCAGUCACAGGCGGUUCCCCAGCUCUGGCAGUGCAGAUGCAGGGAGCAGCAGCUCUCUGCAGAGCAGCCCAGUUAGAGCCCUGCCUAUCUGGAACUGUCAGUCCAGCACCCCCUCCACCCCCGACAUGAAAGCACGGACCCCCCAUUAUGUACAUUCCACAAGGUCCGUGGACAUCAGCCCCACUCGUCUGCACAGCCUGGCUCAGCACUUUAGAAACCGCAGCUCCAGCCUUGAGUCACAGGGAAAACUCCUCACCUCGGACAAUGAGGGCCACCCGCACACCCUGGGGAGCCCCGACUUCUUCCUGGGACCUCCUCGCACCUCCAACGGCUCAGACCCACUGGACGACUGCUCCUCCUGCACUAGCCAGAGCAGCUCCGAGCACUACUACCCCGCAGGACCACUGGGGCCUGCAGGGAACCCCAACUACUCCACCCUGGGAGAGGACUCCCCGUCUAAGGCCCGGCAGAGGCAGAGGCAAAGGCACAGGUCUGCUGGUCAACUGGGCUCGUCCAACUCCGGCUCCAUGCCCAACCUGGCGGCUAAGAAUGGCACAGGAGGCUCAGGAGGAGGGGUCUCAGGCGGCGGGCACCACGGGGUGUACCUGCACAGCCAGAGCCAGCCCUCCUCUCAGUACCGCAUCAAGGAGUACCCUCUGUACGUGGAGGGCAGCCCCACGCCUGUGGUGGUGCGCAGCCUGGAGAGCGACCAGGAGGGCCACUACAGCGUCAAGGCCCAGUUCAAGACGUCCAGCUCCUACACGGCCGGAGGACUGUACAAAGAGGCCUGGGGCGCGGACGAGGGGGGAGAAGGGGGCCGCCUCACCCCCUCACGCUCACAGAUCGUACGGACUCCAUCGUUAGGGAGGGAGGGAGGGGGCAGCAGGGCGGCUGUGUCCGAGGAGCUGAGGUGCUGGUACCAGAGGUCCUCAGGCAGUCUGAAGGAGAGGAGCCACUCACACUCCUCUGAGCACAGCACCCCGGGGGGCCGAGGGGGCCGGGUGGGCUCCCUCGCCAAGGGCUCUCCAGUGGCGUCCCCUCACAGCCAGCGAAGUCUGACCCCGUCCAGUGAGCAUGCAGCCACCCCCACACCCCCCUGUAGCCCCCAGCACAUCCUCAACUGGCAGAGCGGGUCGCUGGACUGCUGUUUCGUCGGCAGCCCCCUGUGCUCCGAGCUGGCAGACGUGCAGUGGUACGGACGCGACAAGGCCAAACCCGGGACCCUGGUCUGA